CUGAGGCGUCGCCGGCAGCGCGCAGUUUCCAGGUUGGAAGCGUCUGCGCGAGUGUGUUGUUGGCGAUGUCCGGCCGCGGCAAGCAAGGAGGCAAGGCCCGCGCCAAGGCCAAGUCGCGGUCGUCGCGCGCCGGCCUGCAGUUCCCGGUGGGGCGCGUGCACCGGCUGCUGCGCAAGGGCAACUACGCGGAGCGCGUGGGCGCCGGCGCGCCGGUGUACAUGGCGGCCGUGCUGGAGGACCUGACGGCCGAGAUCCUGGAGCUGGCGGGCAACGCGGCGCGCGACAACAAGAAGACGCGCAUCAUCCCGCGCCACCUGCAGCUGGCCAUCCGCAACGACGAGGAGCUCAACAAGCUGCUGGGCAAAGUGACGAUCGCGCAGGGCGGCGUCCUGCCCAACAUCCAGGCCGUGCUGCUGCCCAAGAAGACGGAGAGCCACCACAAGGCCAAGAGCAAGUGAAGCUGGCGCACAUCCAAAACGGCUCUUUUGAGAGCCACCAAGUCCUCCUAGAAGGAGCUAGCGCUGGCUUGUGAACAGCCCUCAGGUUGACGGCUUGGUGGCUCUUAAGAGCCUUUGUGGGUGAAGACGCGUAUUUAAUAAUUACUUGUUCUUGCCCGGCUUAUGGCUCUCGGUCUUCCUGGGCAGCAG